AUGAUCAGCUCAACCACCCCCUCUCAGGACACCCUCUCAGUCAAGAAUGUCAAUGUCCCCGUCCUCAUCUCCGGUGCUGGCCCCACCGGUCUCUUCGCCGCCAUCCUCCUCACAAAGCUCAACAUCCCCGUCCGCCUCAUCGAACGCCACCUCGAGGUCUCCCCCCUCUCCAAGGCCCUCGUCAUCCACUCCCGCACCAUGGAACUCUUUGCCCAGGCUGGAAUCGUUGACAGGUUCCUCGACCUCGGAUCACAUAUCUCCGACUUUCAUGUCUACUUUGGACCCAAACUGAUGUCUGUCAUUCCUGCCCUCAACACCAAGGAAUCGCACUACAACUAUGGUCUCUUUCUUGAGCAGAGUCGCACCACUUGGGGUCUGACCGAGGAGCUCAAGGAGAUUGGUGUGCAGGUUGACCGCGGCUGGGAGCUGAUGGAGACUAAGGUCGUCGAGGAGAACAAUGCCGAUGGAACGACAACCAACUAUGUCGAGACCAAGAUCCGGAGGGCUCUUGUGGGGGAUAACAUCAGGACCACAGAGAGUCGUAUCCUAGGCGCGGUCGAGGAGGAUCCGGAGGAGGCGAACAAGCAGUAUGAAGUCGAGGUGAUCAGGUCAGAGUACCUCAUUGCGACCGACGGCGGCAAGUCUGCUGUCCGCCACAAGUUGGACAUUGCCUUCCCUGGCCGCACUCUAGACAACAAUCUGAUCAUCUUUGAUGGCCAUGUCGAUUCCGAUGUCCCCUUUGACGCUGGCAUCACUGUCAUCAACGGAACCAACAACAAGACCAUGAUCGCCUUCCAAUUACCCAACGGAGAGACCCGCUUCCUGCUCGACAAUGGAUUCUUGACACCCGAAGAACAUUCUGCGCUCAAGCCUGAAGAACUCACCAUGGAUGUGUUUGAGAAGCUGGCCAGCGCCACGAUCGCACCUGCAAAAUUCAAGUGUCUGGAUCACUCCUGGUUGACCUACUACCGUGUCAAUGAGCGUCAGGCCGAGACCUUUUGUUAUAAGAAGAGGGUCUUUUUGGCGGGCGAUGCAUCCCAUGUCCACUCUCCUGCCGGUGGUCAAGGAAUGAACAUGGGGUUGCAGGAUUCGUUCAACUUGACAUGGAAGAUUGCCCUUGUCCUCCAUGGCAUGGCACCAAAGGUCCUCUUGGAUUCCUAUGAGGCCGAGCGCAAGCCUGUUGCGGAUGCAAUCAUCAAGUUGUCUGCGAAACUCUUGGAUAUAGGAUUAGCGCAGGACUUUGUUCGCAGAACCUUCAAGAGGAUCGCAGCAACCAUCGCCCCCUACAUCCUCCCUUACAUCAACACCAACAACCCCAUCAACAUGUUGUUUAUCCGCUACCACGACAACGCGAUCAACCAGAGAUCCGAGUCGCAGGCACACGUCGACGAGGACUAUCAAGUCGGCCAACGUGCUCGGGACGGUAACCUUCGUGUGAUCCGGAAGCAGGACAUGGGACUUGCAGCACAGGAAGGCGAGACGGUCCGUCUGCACCAGCUCAUGGUUGGACCCGGCAUUUUCCAUAUUCUAGUCUUCACGUCGGACUUGCUCUUGCCUGCCCUAUCCAAGAACGAGAAAAGUACAUCGCCCACUAUCAAGGGAGUUGAGACAACGGAUGCAGGCGGACUCGCAAAAUCGAUCGAGGAACAUUUGUCGGCCUGGAGAUCCAAGUGGAGCUACAAAAGUCGUGCCCAGAUUAUCGAAUCUACCGUGUCGACCAUCCCUGGACCCACUACCCCAGAGACGUCGAACGAUACGUCUUCUACGUCGUCGUCUCUCGCGGCGAUCCCUCACCCCAUCCGGGCAGACAAGGCGUUCAUGGUGCACACGAUUGUGACGGACUGUUCGUUGCCCUCAUCGUCGUUGUCGUCGUCGCCCAAGAGCAACAGUGAGAGCAUGGUGUCGACCGUGGCGUCGAUGGAUCGUCUUGCAGACAACAAGGCUGGCGAGGGCAAAGUGUAUCUGGACCACCAGGGUUGUAUCCACCAAAAGUAUGGAGUUGCUAGCAAGAAUGGCCCCGGUGUGAUUGUGGUUGUGCGUCCAGAUUCCUAUAUUGGGUACCGUGUUCUUGGAGCUGGCCCAUCGGCAUGGGAUGAAGUUGAUCGGUACCUGGAGUCUAUCCUCGCUUAG